AUGGCUGACUCUGGAAAUGCCCCAAAAUCAUCUUUUGAAUCCAUUCGAGAAUGGGUUUCCGACCACAAGCUUCGUACUGUCGGGUGCUUGUGGUUGAGUGGAAUCACGGGAUCCAUUGCUUAUAAUUGGUCUCAGCCGGCCAUGAAAACCAGCGUCAAGAUCAUCCACGCUAGGUUGCACGCCCAAGCUCUGACACUGGCUGCAUUGGCUGGAGCUGCUGUUGUUGAGUACUAUGACCACAAAACUGGGAAAACACAGGAUAGAUAUCCCAAGUUUAUUCCACUCGAUGCUAACACACACAAGGACUAA